GCCCAGCGUUUUCUUUAAACCUGGGCAACCAGGAAGUUCCAGGCGCAGGCGGAGGCGCAUGCCGCGAACUUAAAACCACUGGAGCAACUUUUCCAGGGGAGAAGCAAAAUUCUUCAUCGUCUUUGAGAGCUGGACACGCGGGAUCCCUGACGAAGAACUCGGCUUUAGCUCAAUGGAGCGCAGCCUAAACUCCACCGAGCCACAGUCGGUGCUCGCUGCUUCUGCCGCUCUGGCAGGGCGCAUCCCAGACCCGAGGCCAGCCCGGGGGCCCGGUCCUCGGCCUCCGGUCUGCAAGAACCUCAAGUUCCCCGUCGUGGGAUUCCUGCUGCUGAAUCUCUUUGUUCCAGUAACAACCAGUCCAAUCCCUCACGUACAGGGAUUGGAACAGAACGCCACAGAAAGACUAUGUCCAGCAGGCCAGUACCUAGAGGAGGAUGGACGCUGCAAGCCAUGCGAAGAUGGUGUAGGCUUCACCAGCUAUCCCAAUAACUUGAAGUCGUGCAUACCCUGCAAAAUCUGUAAAGACGGUACAGAACCAAGGGGCCGUCCUGCAGAUCAAGUCCAGAAAAGCCAGUGUACCACAACCAGAAACACAGAGUGUGAAUGUAAGCCAGGUACCUUCAGAGGAAAACAGGACCCUGAGCACUGCCGGAAAUGCACUGUGAAUGCUGGGCAAAAAGGAUGGCUCUCUCAUCACAUCUGGCCAACAGCCACCUCAUGGAAUCUCAUCAUUUCUUCCCUGUGUGUACUCAGGUGUGCCAACAAUGAGACUGAAGAGAUUUCCUGUACCCCAUGGGGAGACCGGAAGUGUAAAAAAUCCUAUACUAAUACCACUGGACCCUCUCCGAACACCUCCCAGGAGACUUACAUACUUUGGCUUUUCAUAGUCCUCUCCGUUGUCCUAAUCAUAGCUCUGGUCGUCCUGUUUAUUUGGAAGACUCAAGUAUGGAAGAAAAUAUGUGGGUUUAUGAAGAGCACCUGUCCAGGCCAUGGACCAGACUCUGCAUGUAUGAACUCCAUGAGAUUGUCCACCCUGAACUCACAGACAUCGGGCUCAGGAACUGGCUCCCAUGACAACACGGUCACUCCUGCAGUAGAGGUCUCAGAGGGACCUGCUGAAGCUGAGAGUUCUCCAACAGGAGGAGAGUUGGAGGAAGUGAAAGUAACCCUACUGAAAGUCUGAGACCCUGAGGCCAAUCUUCACUUCCUGUCAGCCCUUUAACUCCUUGGACAACUUCAUGCAACAGAUGAGAGAAAUGUGCCUGGGACACAAUUGAGGACUAUGAAAUGAGCUCUGAGAUGUUAAUUUAUCAAGAAGAUUCAGCAGGCUCUGCAGCACACAGAAGUGAACUUUAUCUUGAUGUAUAGUAUUGUACUUGAAUUUAUUUUUAUUUUGUGUGUAUGAGUGUUUUGCCUGCAUGAGUGUAUGUGCACCACACAAAUGCCUUGUCCUCAAAGGGGUGUAGAACUGGAGUAAUAGAUGAUCUUUAGUCCACUUCUGAAGUCUCAUGUGCCUCCUUCUCCCUCCUGGAGGGAAUCUUUCAAUUCCAGGAAACUGUUGCACAAGCUGGCUGCUUCUGGAGUGCUUCCCAGUCAGUUUCUGUUGGAUGUUUGUAAGCCCCUGAUUUGAUGGUGUUACUUUUCAUUUGCUCUAUCUGCUACUCUCUACUUGUUCUUUUAUUUAUUUUUUUGUCUUUUUGAGACAGGGUUUCCCUGAAGCUUCAGCUGGCCGGGAACUCACUAUGUAGACUAGGCUGGCCUUGAACU